ACCUUCGAUUCUCCUCAAUCUCAAAUCAAAGGGAGAGGAGAAGCUGAUUCCCAUUUACCGGGAUCUCAUGGCUCUAAUUACCCGAACGACGGCCACCGGCGCCGCCUAUCGACUCCCUCUCCUUCUAUCCGCCAAUCGCUCUCUUGCUCUCCACACCACCGUCCCUUCUCUCUCCCCCACAAACCCCUCGUCCCCAACCCCAUAUGCUCGACCUCCUCCCCCGGCGACUUCCUCACCCAUGGGCCUCUCCAAGGCCGCCGAAUACGUGAUCUCGAAAGUCGAUGACCUCCUCAACUGGGCUCGCCGCGGUUCUAUCUGGCCCAUGACCUUCGGACUUGCUUGCUGUGCUGUCGAGAUGAUGCACACCGGAGCUGCCCGCUAUGAUCUCGACCGCUUCGGUAUCAUUUUCAGGCCUAGCCCUCGUCAGUCUGAUUGCAUGAUUGUAGCUGGUACCCUGACCAACAAGAUGGCUCCUGCCCUGCGCAAGGUUUAUGACCAAAUGCCAGAGCCUAGGUGGGUCAUUUCAAUGGGAAGCUGUGCGAAUGGGGGUGGUUACUACCACUACUCAUACUCUGUGGUUCGAGGUUGCGAUAGAAUUGUUCCUGUGGACAUCUAUGUUCCAGGUUGCCCACCGACUGCUGAGGCUCUACUCUAUGGACUCCUCCAGCUUCAGAAAAAGAUCAACAGGCGUAAGGAUUUCCUCCACUGGUGGACCAAGUAAGGGAUCUCACGUUGCUACAAAGCAGUAUUGGCCCUAAACAUGACUGUCUAAUAAAUCCAUUUCUUGGUAUCAGUUCUCUGGUGAAAGACCCUAUAGAGGAAGACAUUAUUAAUCUGGAUACACAAUCUAGAAAACUUGUUUUAAGAUUCAGUGUUUACUCAAUCGGGUUAUGUUUGUACUUUGUAUGGUGGUUUGACUUUAGUUUAUGAUGAGAACUUGAGCAAAUUGUUCAGUGGAUGCUCAUGUUUUUGUUUAAAUAUCAGUAUGAAUAAAUUUUGUUUGUGACA